AUGCUCAGCCCACGCAGCCCGCACGCGCGGGGCGCUGCCGCGCGUGCGGCGCGCGAGACGCUGGGCUGCUGUGUCGGGCGGCGGAGCAUCGCUGGCAUCCCACGGGAGGUGGUGGUGGCCAGUGCAGCGCGGACACCCAUAGGCGCCUUCUGUGGUGCCCUGUCGCUCAUGCCCGUGCAUCGCUUGGGUGCCGCGGCCCUGGGCGCCGCCGUGCGGCGGGCGGGGCUGGAACCACACGAGGUGGAGAUGGUGCUGAUGGGCCAUGCGAUGACGGCCGGCUGUGGCAGCCACACGGCGCGCCAGGCGGCCCAUGCGGCCGAGCUGCCGGCGACGGUGGACUGCACGGGCGUGAACAAAGGCUGCGCGUCUGGGCUGAAGGCGAUCACCUUGGCGGCUCAGGCGAUUGCCAUGGGGCAGGUGGAUGUGGCGCUCUGUGGAGGCAUGGAGAGCAUGUCGCAAGUGCCCUACUUUCUCCGCCAUGCACGGCGGGGAGGAUAUCACUAUGGCCACGGGACCUUGGAAGAUUCCGCACUGUCCGAUGGGCUCUGGGAUGCCACCAGCAAUUGCCAUCUGAGCAGCUGCGUGGAGCACACCGUGGAGGAGUUGGGCCUGAACCGUGCCGCACAGGACCGCUAUGCGCUGGAGAGUUAUGCGAAAGCGGCCAAGGCUUGGCAACAGGGCGCCUUUGAUUUGGAAGUGGCACCCGUGAGGGUGAAGAACCCCGCGGCCGAGCGCGACGCCAUGGAGAAGCGCUCCAUCAUCAUGAGCGUGGAUGAGGAAUAUUCUCGAAUGAAACUGGAUCGGAUGGCCCAAGCACCGCCCAUCUUCCAGGAAGAUGGCACCAUCACCGCAGCCAACGCCUCGUCUCUGAACGACGGCGCCGCCGCGCUGGUCUUGAUCAGUGAGCCGCGCGCCAGGGACCUGGGCAUUACCGGUCUGGCACGCAUUUGCGCCUUCGCGGACGCCGCGGUGGAGCCGCGGCACGUGGCCAAGGCACCGGCGGCGGCGAUUGGCCGUGCACUCUCCGCGGCGCGGAUGAACACCGUGAACUUCUAUGAGAUCCACGAAACCUUCAGCGCGGUGGCUUUGGCCAACAUGCAGCUCUUGGACUUGGAUCCCUCGCGGGUGAACGUCAACGGCGGCGCUGUGGCGCUGGGGCACCCCAUUGGCGCCUCGGGUGCGCGCAUCGUGGCCACCCUGCUGAGUGUCCUCACCCAGCAGGACGCGACCACCGGUUGCGCGGCCAUUGGCAACGUGGGCGGGGGAGCGACUGCCCUGGUGCUUGAUCGUCGGUGA